AAAGUAGUGCGUUUGAGACAUCCAAUAAGCACGUACAAUGGUGCUUCCAGUUUAUAUAACUUGUUUAAUUUUGUCAUUUACAUACUUCACAUCUGGGACAAUUCAAUCAUUAAAUUCUAUAUUAUUUAAUGAUAAUUAUGAAUUUAUUGAUUUGACCCAUCCCUUCGAUGAGACUUCAAUUUAUUGGCCUGAUGCGCAAAGUUUUGAAUUUAUAAAUAAAAAAAUAGUCGAAGUAGGAGAUGGUGGACAGUAUGCCCUAAAUGAUUUUGCCACAUCUGAACAUACAGGCACUCACGUUGAUGCACCAUAUCACUUUAAUGAGCAUGGGAAAUUUGUUGCAGAAAUUCCAUUGGAGAAACUUAUUGUACCAUUGAUAAUAGCCGACGUAAGUUCCAUAGUCAACGACAACCCCAAUUUCGUUUUAUAUAAACACCACUUGGACUUUAUGAUAAAUGACAACUUUGGAAAGCCAUGUUUAAUAGUUUUUAAAUUCGGCUGGAGUAAAUUUGUUCACGACAGAAAUAAAUACCUCGGUAUAGGAGCCGACAAAACACUUAAUUUUCCAGGCUUAAGUGGUGAGGUAAUGGAAUGGAUAACGACGUCCUAUAAAAACGUCGUCGGGAUCGGUGUUGAUGUUUCAUCUAUUGACCCUGGGUCGAGCCAAAAUUUUACAGCCCAUAGAAUGGGAGCGGUUGCGGGUUUAUACAAUAUAGAGAAUGUAAACCUAUCUAGAUCUAUACCAGAAUAUGGCUGUACUGCAAUAGUAAUGCCAAUGAAAAUCUCUAAGGGGACCGGUGGCCCCGUGCGCUUCGUAGCAAUUUGUCCAAAAACUAUAUCUACAGGGGUAUAAAAAUUGUUAUAUUAAAUACGUUAUUCUGUUAAUUGAAUUACUUGUUAAUAAAAAAUAAUAUUAGAGUAUAAUCUUUCUUGAUAAUAAAGUAUGGUAUGUUUAAAUAUAUAUUGAAAGAUAUGUACUGUGAAAUAAACAGAUAACCUCUUGGUGUUUGUGGGUCAUCAUUUCAUUAGAUUGGCAAAUUGAAUUCCUUUUGUAUGACAGAAAUAUUAAGUAAUAAACCA